AUGGCAGACAGCAUCAACUUGGACUCCCUGCCAACCAGCCCUACCCCGGAGAUCGCUUUGACUGUCUCCCCCGCGGAUACGUCACUGGACUCCCCAGAUCCGGAAGAGGAAGCACAUGAUGAGAAGAAGCCUUCGAAGAAGAGAAAGUCCUGGGGUCAGGAACUCCCAGUGCCUAAGACCAACUUGCCUCCACGCAAGCGCGCAAAGACCGACGAUGAAAAGGAGCAGCGCCGGAUAGAGCGGGUUCUGCGGAAUCGUGCCGCGGCCCAGACCUCCCGGGAGCGCAAGAGACUUGAAAUGGAGAAGCUGGAGACUGAGAAGAUUCAGAUGAUGGAGCAAAAUCAGUUCCUCCUCCAGCGUCUCUCACAAAUGGAGACGGAAAACAACCGCCUCAGCCAACAGGUGGCCCAGCUGUCCGCCGAGGUGCGCGGAUCUCGCAGCGCCACACCCAAAGCCGGCUCGCCGGUGGCCGAAUCCCCCACUCUCACGCCGACCCUGUUCAAGCAGGAAGGCGACGAGCUCUCCAUGGAGCGGAUCCCUUUCCCAACUCCCUCCGCUACCGAAUACUCCCCGACCCUCGAGCCUUCCACUCUGGCUGAGGCCUCCGACGUGACACAACAUCCUGCAGCGGUGUUGUGUGACCUGCAGUGUCCGUCGCUGGCCUCGAAGGAGCUGGAAGUGCCCUCCCCCCUCUUUGACGUCGGGUCGGGAGACGAGCCUCAAGAUGCACAUGACGUUGCAGCUCCUCUUUCUGACGAUGACUUCCGUCGCCUCUUCAACGGUGAUUCACCCGCUGAGCCUCAUCCUUCAUUCCCUGAAGACGGGCUCGCCUUUGACGUUCUCGACGGAGGAGAUCUAUCAGCAUUUCCCUUUGAUUCUUUGGUUGAUUUCGACCCCGAGUCUGUCGCCCUCGAAGGCGUCGACCCGGCCGGUCUUCCGGAUGAGACUUCUCACCCGCCUACUAGCAUGCAGCCCAGCCUUGGCGCGUCCACUUCGCGAUGCGACGGGCAGAGCAUUGCAGCUAGCGGUUAG